AAGAAUUCUAAUUCUAAAGCAAAUUUAUUUUAUACGAAAUCCAAUUAUUUACUCCGUAUUAUUUUUAUAAAUAAAAAACCGUAAUACGGUAUAUAUACAGAUUCCCCCAUCCAUCAAUCCCUGACCACUGCCAGCACGCAAUCGUCAAGUUUCCUCCAUAUCAUUCCUUCCGGUGGGCCCUUCCGAUGACCUCCACACUGCCGUCCUCCUCCCCUUGGCUUCCUCCCCACCCUAAUCCUCGCCGUCCUUCAUCCAUCUUCAUGGCCGACGACCACUCCCCCCUCUCCGACAUAGAUUCAGACGUUGUCUCCACCGCUUCUGCCGAAGUCGACGAUCGUUCUGAAACCUCUUCUCUCGCUACUAUGAAGAGUUCUGACCCGGACCCGGUCUCUCAAGUCAUCGACUCCUCUCACCCUACCCUUCUCCACCUCUCCUUCAACCAGGACCAGAGCUGCUUUGCUGCUGGGAUCGACCGAGGAUUCCGCAUCUACAAUUGCGAUCCCGUCAGAGAGAUUUUCCGCCGCGAUUUCACUAACAACAAUGGCGGCGUUGGUGGGGGAGUUGGGGUUGUUCAGAUGCUAUUCCGUUGUAACAUUCUGGCCCUUGUUGGGGGAGGGCCCGACCCGCAGUAUCCUCUGAAUAAGGUCAUGAUCUGGGACGAUCAUCAGUCGAGGUGCAUAGGGGAGCUGUCUUUUCGCUCGGAGGUGAAGUCCGUCAGGCUUCGGAGGGAUCGGAUUGUGGUCGUUCUGGCGCAGAAGAUAUUUGUGUACAAUUUUGCUGAUUUGAAGUUGCUGCAUCAGAUAGAGACAGUGGUGAACCCAAAAGGAUUGUGUGAGGUCUCGCAUGUGUCAGGGUCUAUGGUACUGGUUUGCCCGGGAUUGAAGAAGGGUCAGUUGAGGAUUGAACACUAUGCGUCCAAGAGGACAAAAUUUAUAGAAGCACAUGCCUCAACGAUAUCAUCUUUUGCUCUAACUAACGAUGGGAAAUUGCUUGCUUCAGCAAGUAGCAAGGGGACUCUUGUGAGGGUGUUCAAUACUUUAGAUGGAUCACUGCUUCAAGAGCUUAGGAGAGGUGCUGACAGAGCCGAGAUCUACAGUCUUUCAUUUUCUCCUACUGCCCAAUGGCUAGCUGUCUCAAGUGAUAAAGGAACAGUUCAUGUUUUCAACCUUAAGGUUGAAUCUGGAUCUCUGGGAGUUGAGAGAUGUCAUGAUUCAUCUGAUGCAAAUAUCACGACUCCAGUAGCCGCUUCACAUCUAUCCUUCAUCAAAGGUGUGCUGCCCAAAUAUUUCAGUUCUGAAUGGUCUGUGGCCCAGUUUCGGCUGCAAGAAGGUUUACAGCACAUUGUUGCAUUUGGACACCAAAAGAAUACCAUUGUCAUACUCGGCUUAGAUGGCAGUUUCUACCGAUGCCAGUUUGAUCCUGCAGCUGGUGGGGAGAUGAACCUCCUUGAACAUCAUAAUUUCUUGCAUCCUGUGGAGAGCUUCUGAUCAUUGUUCCCGAGAUUGUCGCCUGGAAGUCUGGAACUGCCAUUGAGAUCAUAAUAAUCUUAAUUGCGAGUGUAUAAACUGUAAAUAUACAAGAUGAUGACAUGGGCUAUGCUAUCUGUAAACCAACUGUUAUCCCUAAGACGCACAGACAAGACUCUCGUUCUUAUGGACAUCCAUCUUGUUGUGUGUGUCUAUGUGAAUAAAAGGUGGUGUUGGUGUAAACGGGGCAGUGUAAAGGUUGGGGUACAACACUUACUAUCCUAAUGACAUGGGGCGACUUCUACAAAACUCGAGAUGAGACUGUAUAAAAUCUUGGUGCUUAUUAGUUAUUAUUAUUAGGCUAUCACUUUGAUGUUAAUGUUUUUUAUUUCGUUAAAUUUAUAAAUUUCAGUUCAUCCACAAAGUUAAGU